AUGGCCCAGCAUAUCAUUCUUGGGCUUGGGAUUAUGCACGAGUGCCAGGCAAGACCUGGUUUGACUACGGCAAACAAACUAGUAUCAGCAAAACAUGACCAACUACCGCUCCUGGAUGUUUUCAUCAUCAAGCUCUUUUCCGCCCCAUGCAAGUUCGCUGAGUCCUCGAUACCUACCGGUCCAAACGCGACGUCAGCUUCUGAAUGUUUGUUCUCGCCUCCUCAAGAUUCUGUCACUUCUCAGAGUCUCCGUACGAUCGUGCCCGAUGUGCGGAAAGAGCUAGUCAGCAUCGCUGCAUUGAUGUUGGGGUUUCUCAGCAAGGUGUCGUCUGUGAUGAUGGUCGACGACGCUCUUCGGCUACUUCCAGAGAAGAUGAGUCUGCUAGAUUCUUUGGAUUCGUGGCUAGCCAAAAUUGGUCUCAGUCAGACGAUGAUCAGAUCUCAAGGCCCCAUCUCAUUAUCUUUCAUGUCUUUCUUCCACCAGGUACUUAAAAUCAUACUUUUGGGAGCUCUUGACUCCUCACCAAGUAUUUGUGCUCAGUUACGCACGGAGAAUACCCGACUGCUGGAUAUCGCAAACGAUGUGGCGGAGAGGACAAAGUCUUUUGAAAAGCAUGCUGGAGCAAGAAGUCGACAAGAUAGUGGCUCUCUAAGACGAGGUCAGCUUUAG